UUACAAAUUUGGACAACAAACGUCUCGCGGUCUGGCAACUCAUUUCCUUUUCAUUCCCUCUGUUGAGGAAGCCGCCACGCGUGGACUGAAGUAGCCCCCCCAAGCAGCCAAGAUGGGUCGUAUGCACUGCAGCGGGAAGGGUAUUUCCCAGUCGGCUCUGCCAUACAGGCGCAGCGUGCCAACCUGGCUGAAGCUGUCGCCGGAGGACGUCAAGGAGCACAUCUACAAGCUGGCCAAGAAGGGUCUGACCCCUUCCCAAAUUGGCGUCAUCCUCAGGGACUCCCACGGAGUGGCUCAGGUGCGCUGGGUGACGGGCAACAAGAUCCUGCGCAUCCUGAAGGGCAAGGGUCUGGCCCCGGCCCUGCCCGAGGACCUGUACUCGCUUAUCAAGAAGGCGGUGGCCAUCCGCAAGCACCUGGAGCGCAACCGCAAGGACCGGGACUCCAAGUUCCGGCUCAUCCUGGUCGAGAGCAGGAUCCACCGGCUGGUGCGCUACUACAAGGCCAAGCGCAUCCUGGCUCCAUCCUGGAGGUACGAGUCGUCCACAGCCUCCGCCUUGGUCGCCUGAGAUGAUUAAAUACUGUUCUCACACACA